AUGGCGCCCCAAACGCGUAACCAUCCCCCCACCCCGGCAAACUCGACGGCCAACGACGACGAGGUUGGCACCCCAGCAUCCGGAGCUGGUGACGUCAAACUUCGCCGGGCGCAUAGGAAAUCUCGCAACGGUUGUAAGGAAUGCAAGAGACGCCACGUCAAGUGUGACGAGACACGCCCGACAUGCGUCAACUGUGCGACGGCGGAGCGGCACUGCUCUUACCUCGAUUCCCUCCCGGCCUCGGCCCGGGCAGCCGUUCCGGCCAAGAGAGUUCUCGUCACCGAUGGUCACACCCCGGCCAGCUCCGUCACCCAAGCCGCCAUGGGUGCCAACCCGGUCUCCGCGUCGUCACCGUCUGUCACCACCGUCGUCAACGACUUCAUCAUGCGCACUGGCGAGACCAGCGAGGUCGCAAGCCCCGCUAAUGGCCAGUUCUUUACCAUGGAACAUUUGCGACUCUUCCGCCAUUUUGCGACUCACAUGCCAAGCUUUGCGGGUCUCGAUGAGUUCUUGAAACCUAUCAUAGACAUGACCAUAGAUGUGGCUUUGAGCGCCCCUUACCUAAUGGACGUCAUGCUGGCCAACGCAGCGAUGCACCUGGCCGAGACAAACCCUUCCCGCGCAGACUACUACCGUCUCCAGGCUACUCAGCUGCAGACACGCGGCCUGAUGCUGUUCAACGAAGCUAAAGAAGAGAUCUCGGAGGAGACAUGCAUUCCCAUGUUCCUCUUCGCCGCCACCGUUGGCAACCAGACCUUGUGCGAGACUCUUCGCACUAACCGCGACGAUUUCAAUGCAUUCCUCGACCAAUUUGCCUGGUAUCUUAGCCUGCACCGCGGCGUGUGUACUGUCACUGGCAGCUCAUGGCAUAUAAUUCGUCAGUCUGGCGCCAAAGAGUUUCUAGAUUUUCUGGAUGCCAGGCAUCCUCAAGUGGAAGUCCCCGAAAUCGGCCUUCUCUACCGUAUGCUGGAUCAGGCCGAUCUUGGCCCGGCCUCGCUCGAGGCUUGCCGCGCAGCUGCCGAUAUUCUUGCUCAUGCCUAUGCUAUCUACCGCAGCAUCUCCGAAAGGAGUAGGCACCAAUCCUCCUCUGUCAUGGCUUUCGGAUCUCGCAUCACGACGGGCUUCAUCGACGUGCUUAAACAGCGCCGCCCAGAGGCCCUGGUCAUUCUCGCCUACUAUGCUGUGCUGCUCCACUGGUGCCGAGAGUACUGGGUGUUUGGCGACGCAGGCCAGUUCAUGAUCCGGUCCAUCUCGGCGCAUCUUGGCGACUACUGGUCGGAAUGGCUCGCAUUCCCUAACUCUGUGCUCGAGGACCAGCAGCAGCAGCAGCAUGCAGGCUGA